GGCCCCGCCACAGCCUCAAUCCCGGGUGCUCGGCAUGCUGUUUCUCCCCAAACCCGGCGGCCAUCCAUCCAAUCCAACAGGCAGGACCGGUCGGCUGCCGGCUGCCCAUUCAUGGCGCGCCGCCCCGUCGAAAACCACGCGCCGCCCACCGUCCGGCGUCCGCUAAGCAGCGGCAGGGGCGCGCCAUGCUUAAAUAUCCCGGCUCCGUGCCCCCUUCCCAGCCAUCCGCCGCGUCGCCCAUGGCGUCCAUCGUGCUGCUGCUGUCGGAGCUGCUGGGCGGGGAGAGCGCCAGCGUGCUGGCGGCCGACCGCUACAUCACGGGCGGAGGCCGUCUCGGCCUGGGGGAGUUCCGCCCCACCGUGACGGAGGCGCCGGCGCCGGGGCGGAGGGCGCGCCCGGAGGAGAAGCAGCAGGGGAGGAAGGAGGAGUCGUUCGAGGACCUCGCCGUGUCCAGGAUCGCGGUCGACGUCAUGUGGCCUUAGAGCGCCUUGCUGAGCGAGUCAUCUGAGCUGCUGCUGCUUCUUCUUCUUUUUUGACAAGGGAGAUGGAGAUCUCAAUUUCCGCUCAUGUAAAUAUGUAAAAGGAUUCGUUAAUUGUGUCCGGGCGUUGUUCUGAAGCUUCUCUACUGUCAUGCUUCCAUCUUUUUUGAACAAUUAGUCAUGCUUCCAUCUUGGUUACA